AUGACUGGGCCUAAAGUCCUAGUCCCAGAUUGGUGCGAGAGCGUUGGUCCAGAUUGCCCCGUUGAGGGCACAGUGUACGGGUACUACCCGUCGCUCGGUUGGAAUGCUUUCUUCGCAGCGGCCUUUGCUCUCGCCUUCAUUCUCCAGCUCGGCCUCGGUAUCCGUUACAAGACAUGGACGUACAUGAUAGGAGUUGGAUUGGGCUGUCUCGGCGAAACGAUUGGCUACAUUGGGCGUAUCCAGAUGCACAAAAAUCCCUACGACAAUGGCGGCUUCACGAUCCAGAUUGUCUUGCUCAUUUUCAGCCCUGCAUUCUUGGCGGCUGGCAUCUACCUCACGCUUAAGCACGUUGUCAUCAGCUUUGGCGAGCAGUGGAGUCGCUUGAGACCGAACUGGUACACUUACAUCUUCAUCGCGUGCGACAUCACGUCCCUGGUGCUCCAAAGCGCUGGUGGAGCGCUCGCUGCCACUGCCGACGACGGAGACCAGAAGACCCUGGAUGCGGGUACGGACAUCAUGAUCGGCGGUAUCAUCUUCCAGGUCGUUGUCCUCAUUGUCUUCGCCCUCUUCGUCCUCGAAUACUCCCUCCGCACCUUCCGCCACCGCGACCAACUCUCUCCUACCGCCCUCUCCCUUUGGACCUCUACCAAGUUCCGCCUCUUCGCUGGCGCCGUCAUCGUCGCCUACUUCGGCAUACUCAUUCGAUGCAUCUACCGCAUUCCCGAGCUGUUCGGCGGCUGGGCGAACGACCUCAUGCGCAAUGAAACUGACUUCAUUGUCCUGGAGGGUAUCAUGAUUCUUAUUACUGUUAUUGCACAGACAGCUUUCCAUCCGGGCUGGUUCUUCCCCGCCCUGGGUGGGACGUUGUUUAAUAAGAAGGGGCGUGGGGGAAAGAGUGUGAGUGAGAGUGAGACGGAGAUGGCUGCUAUGGCUUAG